AUGGCUUGCAGCGAAGGUGAUGUCGCCCUUGCGGAGCAGAUAUCCCUGUGCUUAGGUCUCGAUGCUGCGCGGCGAGCAGCCCCACAGCUCUGGAGCGGCGAGCGCUGGAGCUCUUCCCGGAGCUUGCCUGGUUUCGGGACACCGUGUUUCUGUGGAAGAUGCUUCUCCUCCCUGCUUGCGAGUGCCCACCUGUCCAGAAUUGGAAGGCAUCUGACUCGAUGCUACGAUGGCAGUACAAGAAGGGCCGCUUCGAGGUGCAUGGCUUUGGCAGCACCAAGCUCACGCCACAGGCUUCUGCCGACCAUCCGGGCUUCUUUCAGGGGGUCCUGCGCUGGUUUGGGCAAUACGAGUCCGGCAAGAAAAGCCUGA